CGUUUCCUGUCGGACAUUCACAUUUGUGACACAUUGCAGAAGUACACAUUUCAGCACGGCGUACGAAAAAACAUGUGUAGAUAUCUGUUUGUAAAGCAUAACGAGUAUGGCGAGUUUAAGUAUUCAUUAAGGUAUUUGUAGAGGUGAACUAUUGCGGUUCAAACCGUCAAAUCAUUGCUUUAGCAAAUGUAAUUAGCCAGCUAAUUUACUAACUAAUGCUUGAUCUAUUGAUCACAUGUUAGCAAAACUAGCUAGCAAGCUAACGUCAUCCAAGAAGCCAAUUUACUGAGCAACAGGACGUUUGAAGUAUAGUCGGCUGUCACAUAUUAAGUCAAAGGCUAGUCGCUGAGCAAUGUUCACUUUUUAGAAUGAGAUGUGAAGACUAAAGUUAUAAUGAAAGUUCAGGCUGCCAUUACACUGCAACGUGUCUUUAGCAGCUAACGUUAGCUUGUCUAACUCAAAAAAAAUUGAAGAGGGGAAUUGACAGACAUAUUUUCUAAAUCAAAGCUCAUAGUCCUCGAGAUAUGUCUAAAGUCAAGCCAGAGAAAACGGACUCUGCUGCUUCUUCUAAAACGCCAGAAUCCAGCCAGGACCAAAAGAAAAAGAAACCUGUAAAGAAAAAGUUUUUUGAACACACCAAGAAACAACCAGUGGCUAAAGAUCAAGGUAAAACCAAUGCAUUGCUUCCCCCGAAAGAUGCCGAACAGUUUUCAGCCAACUGGAAAACGUUACUAGAGGUGUUCAAAUCCAAACCCCUACCAGUAAAAAAUAAACCAGUUCAGCGGAACUCAAAGAAGGAAGUCCCUAAGAAACCCACUAAAUACAUUUCAAAGGACGAGGUGGUGGAGGAUAAGAAGUCUGCUAAAUACUUAUCAAAGACAGUGAAUGAUGCCAAGCCCAUGCAGGUGUACAGUAGGAAAGUAGGGAAGGACAGUGCCGUUCCCAAUACAUCCCAGGUGAAUGGGAAAAGUCCAGGAACAUCGGGGAGAGAACAGCCUAACGCCAAGAAGAAGAAACCGAACAACGCCCAGGUGGAGGGUAACACACAGAUGAAGAAGAAGAAAAUAGAGGAAGUGGAGGAAAAGAAACCCACUGAAUCGGACAUGUGGUUUGAUGACGUGGACCCUGACGACAUUGAGGCCACAGUGGGGACAGCGGCAGCGGAUAUCAUGAGGAAGAUGCAAGGUAUUCGGAAGACAGAUGCCCAGACCACAGAGAAGGCGCUGGUCAAGGACAGGGGGUUCGAGGGCCUUACCAAGGCGGUAGCUAUGGACUGUGAGAUGGUGGGUGUGGGGCCAGAUGGAGAGGACAGCAUUGUAGCCCGGGUCUCCCUUGUCAACCAGUUUGGGAAGUGCAUCUACGACAAACACGUUAAGCCCACAGAGAAGGUGACAGACUACAGGACAGCUGUUAGCGGCAUCCGGCCGGAGAACAUCAAAAACGGUGAGAAUGUAAAGACUGUACAGACAGAGGUGGCUGAGAUCCUCCAGGGGAGAACGCUAGUGGGACACGCCAUUCACAAUGACCUCAAGAUUUUGCUCUUGGAUCACCCAAAAAAGAGAAUCAGAGACACACAGAAGUAUAAACCUUUCAAGAGAAUUGUGAAGAGUGGUCGGCCAUCUCUGAAACUCCUGUGUAGAGAAAUACUUAACGUCAAAGUACAGCAGGGAGAACAUUCAUCCGUCCAAGAUGCCCAGGCGACUAUGAGAUUGUACACGAUGGCGAAGAAGAAUUGGGAAGCAGAGAUCAAGGCUAGUCAUAACAACCCAGACUUAAUCAAGAAGACCAAAGAACCAAGGAAGCCCAAAUCAGCAAAACUCAAAUGAACCUGACUGGUUCUGAAGUCUUAACUGCAUCAUUCUGUUAUGGGACUGUGGACUAACCAUUCACUAGGGGGCACAGAACAGGUGGCUUGACUGAAUUAAUAAGUGUCUUUGGGAAGUGGAUCGUUUGGUGACCCAUAAGGAUUGCAAAGAAGUUUGUUCAAAUGGAUAUUGACUUUAUUCAAAUCCCACUCAGCCCAAAUCACUCAAAUAUCCUAGUGCUCCUUCAACAAUGCAUCGAUCUUUCAUUCUUGUUCAGAUCGGGGUUUUAAAAUGUAAUCUCUUAUCUUCUAACGUCCACAGGUUAGGUUUAGAAGUGCUGUUGCAUUUGUGGGUUUUAACAUUAAAAGUUUGAUAUCUUUAAUCACA